AUGAAGCAACAGUCGAGACUGCGACGCCUUUUGGGGCUCAAGGAAAAAAAUGCCGAGAAGGAAAUCAAUGAUUUGUCAACAGAGUACCCAGAGACAGAAGUCAGUUCAACCUCCAGUGGAAUUGCCUCGCACGAUUCAUCAGUGGACGAUGAUGGAUUCCAAGACGAUGCGUUUGCCGACGUGAGAGAUCGGAUGGAGGAGUUGUCUGCUCGGGAUCGCUCUCGUUAUGCCUCACAUAGUGAAUCUCACGCGGAAGAAGAAUUGAAGUUGCCAGUCUUUGCAGCAUACACCACGUACUUAGGAUACGCUGUGCUGAUUCUAUGCGGACACAUUCGAGAUCUGUUUGCAAAUAUUUUUGGUCACGGUAGAUAUCUUCGUCGCAAGACUCCUUACAGCAGCGACAACCUUCAAGUUUUUGCCCCUCUCUUGAAGUCGUGGGAAAACUUUUACACUCGACGACUUUAUCAUCGCAUUCAGGAUUGCUUCAAUCGACCAAUUGCAUCCAGUCCUGGUGCUUCCAUUCAAGUCUUGGAACGAGUUAGUGAUAACGGAACCAAAACCCUUGAGUUGCUUGGAACAUUGGAUGAUCUUGACUCGGACAAACAGCGCGAGGAGUACGAAAAGUCUCCCCACUUUGUCAAGGUUUCACAAGAUCGUGUGGCGCGCAACUGUUUGAACCUUGGGAGCUACAACUACUUGGGAUUUGCCGAUGAUUGGAACAUUACUUGCAAGGAUGAGGUUGUUGGAUCGAUGGAGGAUCUUCCGGUUUCGAACAGUUCUCCUCGUAAUGAAUAUGGAACAACGCGCUUGCAUCGAGAGGUAGAGGAGCGCGUGGCUCGUUUCUUGGGGAAGGAAGAUGCACUAUGUCUGAAUAUGGGGUUCAACACAAACUGUACCACAAUUCCAGCUCUUGUUCAUCGUGGUGAUCUAAUCAUCAGUGACGAGCUCAACCACACUUCGAUCGUAAAUGGUGCCAGAGCAAGUGGAGCAGCCAUUCGUAUUUUCCACCACAAUAAUUCGAAACACCUGGAGGAUAUCUUGCGGGAGGCAAUCGUUAUGGGCCGUCCCCGAACCCGUCGUCCAUGGAACAAAAUCCUUGUCAUUGUGGAAGGAAUCUAUAGUAUGGAAGGAGAAUAUUGUGACUUGGCGAAUGUUGUAAGAGUAUGCAAGAAGUACGGCGCACAUGUAUACCUUGAUGAAGCCCAUUCCAUCGGCGCCAUGGGGCCAACUGGACGUGGAUGUUCCGAAUAUUGUGGUGUCGAUACUAGCGACAUCGAUAUCAUGAUGGGGACUUUUACAAAAUCUUUUGGUGGCAUGGGUGGAUACAUUGCUGCAUCCAAGGAUGUGAUCAGUUUCCUCAGGAAGAGUUGUGCUGGAAGUUCCUAUCACAAUUCGCUUUCUCCUGUCGUUUGUCAGCAAGUAAUUUCAAGUUUCAAGGUUGUGAUGGGUGAAGACGGUACAAACAUUGGAAAGCAAAAGAUUCAUGCUCUUCGGGACAAUUCAAAUUACUUUCGAAUGCGUCUUGAGGAUAUGGGACUGCAUGUACUCGGGCAUUACGACAGUCCAAUUAUACCAGUCAUGCUCUACAACCCUACAAAAAUUUGUUCGUUCUCCCGUGAGUGUUUCAAACGAGGACUUGCCGUCGUCGUUGUUGGAUUUCCAGCUGUACCUAUCAUCACGUCAAGAGCACGAUUCUGCAUUUCUGCCGGGCAUACCAGAGAGCAGUUGGACCAUGCACUCAAAGAAAUCGAAGAAGUUGCUGACAAGUUGAAACUCCGUUAUGCAGUCUCAACGUUUGGGUAA